AUGAGACAUCUUUUGUCGGCUCCAAUUCAGACUGCUUUGGUCUCCUUGAUUCUCCUUUGCGGCACAUUCCAACUUGGUAAUCAGAAUCUAUCCGCUCUUACAACCAUCCUCACUCCCAGUUUCUGUACAAUAUUUAAACCCAGAUUAAGGAUACACGUGUUGCUUUACAUGCGCCAGUAAAAUAAAUUUACUUAUAUGAACGAUAAAAUCACUUACACGCAACAUUCACAAAGAACCUUUAAACAGCCAAAACCGAAAUUUGCAUCUUAUCUGCAAAAACCCAACCAAUUUCAUUUUAGCAUGCGCUGAGGAAUCAACCAAAUAUAAAAUAUGCGAAAGUGAACGGAAAGAUUGCAGGAGUUUGAACUAUAGAGUUGGAGAUAAAAGCAAAGGCCUCCUUUGUCGUCAGGCAUGCGGACGGCAACGAGGUCAGUGUUCUAUUAUCAUGCACGCACCUACUGUAUACAACGUGCUGGAAGUGUUUUGCUAGUUUUGCGGUCAGCCCGCAGUAUGAAUAUCGAUUUUUUCCAUUUCCUCCAGGCGAAUUGACGAAGAAUUUCACUGUGUACCACUGCGAGAGACGCAAGCAGCCUUGUACUCCAUACGAAAUUUUCGGACGAAUAAGCUUCGACGUAAGCUUUGAAAGACAUGUCAUGUGUGUCAAAAUGUGCCACUUUGUCGCAAAAGGUAAAUCUCUCUACUACUCGCAGCCAUUGAGUGCAUUUUCCUAACACCACAAAAGCAUUUCUUGUAAAAUGGACUGGGCUUGCUUUCUGAGCAGACAUUCGUUCAUUUUAGCUCAACAUCAAACCAGCGGACCAAUUAGACUGUGUUCGGGAAAGAAGAAGGAUUGUGCAGAAAUCCUGAGAGUUAAUGGGACUUUUGACGCCUUCAAGCUGUGCGCAUUUCAAUGCGAUGGUUGGCCUCUACGUAAGUAAUCAGGUUCUAGUAAUUGCUUGUCUGAUAUUUUUCCUUAUUUUUCUGUUUUCAUUGGUGAUGUCGUUAGUGAUAUGCAUUUCCUACCUACCAAAAUGGAAAUCAUCAAAAGACACAUAAGCUAUGUCUGCAACGAAAACGAUGACUGCCAGCAAGGCGCUUACUUCGCUAAGGAAAAGAGGAAGAAAACAUUCGAUAUCCUGAAAACCUGCUUUGAGAAGUGCAUGCCAAAUGAUGGAACUACUCCAAUGUACACCUCCCCUUAUGACCCUAUGACCGAGGAUGAACAAGAGUUCACAGAAGGUAGGUUUUGGUGUUUAAAUUUCUUGUAAAAUUAAAUGCUCCCAAGCAGGUAUCUAGCUAUUUAAAUUUUAUGUAUGCACCUUUUCUGAUGACAGAACUCACCUUAGCAAAACUAGAUAAGUACUAACAGUCAGUCAUUUUGCCAGUGCAGUUGAUCAUCGAGCUUGUACUGUUGGCCACUUAGUCAGAACAAUUCAUAUUUUCGUCGCGCAUCCAAAUGUGAAAAGAUUAACCUUCACGACCCCGCCACGCCUGUUUUAUCAUUUAUGGUUGUGUAUACGCAUGGAGAUCAAAGCGUCUUAGGUUGUUAUUCGCUCUCUGCAUAAAGGCUUCCACAUAUGUGAGGAAGUGUUUCAUAAGAACAUGGAAGUUUGCCAGUAAGUCAGCUGUUCGCUGGCACUUAUGGCUAGUCAGGAAAUAAUCAAUGAACACUGAGGUAUACAGACAUCAAUUUCAUGUGCCAUUAUCAUGACUUAUUUAUAUUCGUUUCACGUAGAUAAUAAAGCAGGACACUAUACGAAAUGCGUGCGUUGAGAAACUGAUAUAUUCUGUUUUCAUUUCAGAGUAA